AUGUCUAGUCCCAUUUUACCCUUCACAGAGGCAAAUUCAAAGAGGGUAGCUUCUCUAUUUAGGAGGGCCUUGAGAACAGCGUUUGACAACAAUACUAAGUUCGAUGCUUACAGAACAGAGACAAUAAAGAUAAGACAUGCAUUUGAAUCGAAUAAGGACAUCACCGAUCCAACUGACUUAGACGUUGUUUUCACGAAGGCUGAAGCCAAAUUGAAUGAAUGGAAGUCACCGGACCCUUAUAUUCCACCGCUUAGACCAGGUGGUACCAAAUAUCAAAGAAACAUACCAAAACCAAAUGAAGAAUGUGUUCCUGGUGAUUGGUAG